UGAAAACAACAACUCUUAUUCUUGUACGAUACGAAUUCAGUGGAAGCCUCCAGCAAGCAACUCAGCAACCACGCAUCUCUCUUUGUAGCCACAUUACUUCCUUAUAUUUAUUCCCCCCGCUAUCAAUGACCACAAAUGCUUGGGUUGAGUCUCAUGAACCACUAAACUCACUUCUCCUGUACCUUUUUUCAUAGUACUAUAUAUUGAGACUUUCUGGUGCAAAAUGGUUUCUCUUGAUGUUUGCAGAAGUUGCUCCCAUGUCUGCAUUCCCUCAUCUUAGAUCCCUACACCAUGUUAACCAAUGCCAUUAUCUUUCCCCUCCCUCGCAUAUCUACCGCUCUAUUACUACCACUACCACCAAAUCCAGGCGGCGCCACCCUGAGCCAUUAGUCGUUGAUCUACCAUGGGUUUUGAACACAAGCACCCCAGCCACAACUACCAUUGCACUUGAUGACCCAAGCUUGCAAUCAACUGAUCCACCACCAGUACUGAAACGGAGCACCCCAGUCACAACCACUUCUAUGCUCAAUGAUCCAAGCUUGAAAUCAAAAUGGUCUCACCGUGCAUGGGUGGCAAGUGGAUGCACGACUGUGCUAGUUUCUCUAGCCAAGUCGGUAACUGGUGCAGCUGAUUCGGGCACAUGGCUACAGCCCAUUUUAGCAGGUGUUGUCGGCUACGUGCUGGCAGACCUUGGCUCUGGAGUCUACCACUGGGGCAUUGAUAACUAUGGCAAUGAAAACACCCCGGUUUUUGGUAGUCAAAUUGAAGCAUUUCAAGGCCAUCACAAAUGGCCGUGGAUCAUCACAAGGCGCCAAUUUGCUAACAACUUGCAUGCUCUAGCUCGAGCUGUUAGUUUCACAGUUCUCCCAAUAGACCUUAUCUUCAAUGAUCCUGUGCUGCAUGGUUUUGUUAGUGUCUGCUCAGGCUGCAUCAUGUUUAGCCAGCAGUUCCAUGCCUGGGCUCACAGUACAAAGAGCAAGCUUCACCCAUUGGUGGUGGCACUGCAAGAUGCUGGAGUGCUGGUAUCUAGAUCAAUGCACGGAGCUCAUCACCGUCCUCCAUAUGACAGCAAUUACUGCAUCGUAAGUGGCGUUUGGAACGAGCUUUUGGAUACAUACAAGGUUUUUGAAGCCCUUGAAAUGAUCUUGUUCUUCAAGCUAGGAGUAAGACCACGGUCCUGGAGUGAACCUAGUUCCAACUGGACAGAAGAGACAGAUACCUCAUCUCUAAUUGCAGAGUUAUAAUUCAAUUUUUAUUAUUGCUUAUUCUUUUCUGCAUGCUUUGGAUGAAAGCAGCAUUCUCACAGCAAAAUGGCUGCUGUUGAUGGAUCCUUCUCCACUGUAAAGUAAAUUAUUGAUUAACCAGAAAAAAUUAAUCAA